CAGCGACCAUGGGCAUAAAUAUUCACUUGCGGCUCCGACCAAGAGGCCUUGUACCUCCUCCGACCAUGAUCAGAGCGAUCAACUUUGGUCCCUUUGCGGAACAGCUAUAUCAUCCCGACGCCGGACUACUUUCCUCCCGAACCCCCUCACGAGUCUGUUUACUCUCCACAUUCAUCCCGGAGACACUCCUUGGCUCCUCCCUCUCUCUGAAGUCAAGUCUCUUGCACUUCUGCCUCCACUGCCCUACUACCGGAACCUGCGCUAUCCAACACCAGCUCGGUACCAUGAUUCCCAUCUACAACUUUGGCUCCGACGUACUUGCACCAGCCACAAUAAGUUUGGUCCGUGCCUAUGAGCAUACGGCGUUUGUCGGAAUUGUGCUACCAUGGGAGAAACUGGAGACGGUCGGCUUGCCAGGGUCUAGCUUAGCGCGACUGGGGCUGUUGCAGAAUGUGCCGGAAUGUGUCCGCAUGACCACAGAUGGCUCACAAGUCACCGGAUGGGCUCCUGGCUUUCGUGAUGGAGAUGCCGGUGUCUGGGAUCGACAAUAUCCUCUAUGGAUUUUCGAUGACAGCGAAACUCGCCGUAAGAUGGGUCAAAGCAGAUGCUUUAGCACCUUUCGAGCUCAUGGGUCGGGAGAUCGACCAUCUCGAGAUCGGCGAUGUCGAGUCUGCGGUCAAUCACUUGGAAAGUCUCGAGGAAGUCCUCCAGUUGAGAAAGAGAGAUAUCUGGGUCAGAAGCCUCAUGGAAACUCACCGCCGUAGAGAAAUCUACAAAUGCAUAUUCGAUGACUGCCCAAGCACGUUCAAGAAGCAUAAAUACCUGGUGCAGCACCUGGAAACUGUUCACUCCGACGCCCGGCCAUUUGUAUGCGAAGUCGAAGGCUGCACCUGGGAGUUCAAGACCCAGACGGCAUUACGGAACCAUGAGUUCGCGCACACAGACGAGCGUCCACAUCAUUGCCGCAAGGAGCUUUGCACUUACUCCUUCAAAACAAGUUACGCACUCAAUCAGCAUACAACGCUCACGCACUCGACGCAGCGGCCUUUCCGGUGCCCUCUUUCAGGCUGCAACCAUCAUUCAAAGCGACGUGGAGACCUCAAGAAGCACGUUGAGGGCCAUUCAGCGCAGUACCCGCAUGCCUGCGCCGACUGUCACAUGCGUUACAAACUCCGAGACACACUCAACGCACAUAUCAAGUACUGUCAUUCCGACAUACGGGAAUUCGAGUGCGAUUGUGGGGAAAAAUUCAAAAGGAAAGGAGAUCUCAAGACCCAUAAAAAUACGGUCCAUGUUGACCAGCGAAAGUUUCGUUGCCCUUCAUGCGACUGGAGCUCGAAAUAUAAGAAGGAUCUCAAAAGACACGAAGCCACCGCACACAGCGAAGAGCGUCCACACAAAUGCACUCAUCCCGGCUGCGAGCAUCGUUCUAAAACCCUCAAAUUGCUUGCACAACACAAGAAAACACAUAAGACGCAAUGCUUCUCUUAUUCAAAAUGCGGACAAGAGUUCAAGAGCGAUGCUUCCCGCCAAAGCCAUGAAGCUAAACCACACACUCAGUAA